CACAUCUCCAUAGAACGAAAUCAUCAUUUCCCAUUUUUGAUUUCAUCGAUCGAGCUCAUUCAAAGUUCCAAGGAAAAUUUCUAGAGGCCGCAAACCAUGGGUGAUGACUGGGCUCCCGCUUGCGGUGUACUCGAAGUCGAACCCCUGUCCUUUGCCCGCCCGGCGCCUCUCGCCGACUCCUACAAUGACCGGAUCCGCCCCCUGCUCGACGCGGUCGACAAGCUACGAAACCUCAAUGUCAUGAAGGAGGGCAUCCCGCUCCCCACCAUCGUCGUCGUCGGCGACCAGUCCUCAGGGAAAUCGAGCGUCCUCGAGUCCCUCGCCGGCAUCAACCUGCCGCGGGGGCAGGGCAUAUGCACCCGCGUCCCUCUCAUCAUGCGGCUCCAAGACAACCCCGACGCCGACCGCCCCGAGCUCUACCUCGAGUUCAACGGAAAAGUCGUCCACACGGACGAGGACAACAUCUCCGUGGCCAUUAACGAAGCCACCGAUGAGAUCGCGGGCAAUGGGAAGGGCAUAUCGAACGCCCCGCUGACUCUGGUCGUCAAGAAAGACGGCGUCCCGGACUUGACCAUGGUCGACUUGCCUGGAAUCACGAGGGUGCCCGUGCACGGCCAGCCGGAGGACAUCUACGAGCAGAUAUCGGCGAUGAUAAUGGAGUACAUAAAGCCUGAGGAGAGCAUCAUCCUCAAUGUCUUGUCCGCGACCGUUGACUUCUCAACCUGCGAGUCCAUAAGGAUGUCGCAAAUGGUGGACAGGACCGGCAGGAGGACUCUGGCCGUCGUCACAAAGGCUGAUAAAGCUCCGGAGGGCCUCCUCGAGAAGGUGACGGCCGAUGAUGUCAAUAUAGGGCUCGGUUAUGUGUGCGUAAGGAACCGGAUUGGUGACGAGACCUACGAAGAAGCGAGGCUGAUAGAGGCGAAGCUGUUCGAGACGCACUCUCUUCUGUGCAAGAUUGACAAGUCCAUCGUUGGUGUGCCUGUCUUGGCACAAAAGCUGACGCAGAUUCAAGCCACCAUUAUGGCCAAGUGUUUGCCGGAGAUCAUCAAGAAAAUCAAUGACAAGUUGAACGCGAAUGUUGCUGAGCUUAAGAAAUUGCCCAAGAAUCUGUCCUCUGUCGCGGAGGCCAUGACAGCCUUCAUGCAGAUCCUGGGGUCUGCGAGGGAGUCGCUGAGGAAAAUCUUGCUGAGAGGCGAGUUCGAUGAGUAUCCAGAAGAGAAAAACAUGCACUGCUCGGCCAGGCUAGUGGAGAUGCUGAACGAAUACUCCAGUGAGCUCCAAAACUGCGCCGAGAAUGACCCGAGGACCAACUUCCUUUUGGAGGAAUUGGAGGUCUUGGAAGAGGCCAAAGCGAUCGGGCUCCCGAAUUUCCUCCCUCGCACAGCCUUUCUCACCCUUUUGCAGCGGAAGGUGAAGGGGAUAUCGAGCAAGCCACCGAGUUUUGUGGCUCGUGUUUGGGAAUAUAUUGAGGGAGUGGUAAUUCGGGUGUUGAUGCGACACUGCGAGAAUUAUCCUCAGCUUCAGUCGUCGACAAGAAGAGCAGCAUCCAAUCUGAUCAACAAGAUGAAGGAGAAAGCGAUGGAUAGGAUGAUGGAAAUUGUUGAAAUGGAGAACCUCAGUGACUACACCUGCAACCCUGAGUACAUGUUGGAGUGGAACAGCUUGAUGUCCCAGCAGAACAAAUUCAUGGACGCGAUCAACAAAGUGUCGGAGCCUAGCAACAUUGUCCUCGGGAUCGGCGAGGUCGAUGUGGAAAACCUGAGGCAUCGCAAGCUGCAUAUUCAGGAGGCAUUCGAUCUGAAGAUGAGGAUUACCGCGUACUGGAAGAUUGUGCUGCGGAGGUUCGUUGACUCGAUGGCGCUGCAUCUGCUGUUCAGCGUGCAGAACCUGGUGAACAGCGACAUGGAGAAGGAGAUCGUGGGCGAGCUGAUCGGGCCCAAUAGCAGCGGCAGCAUCGGGAGGAUGCUGGAGGAAGCACCGUCGGUGGCAGCCAAGCGCGAUAAGCUGAACAGGAGCGUCAAGCUGUUGAGGGAUUCUGCGGCGGAGGUGGCCAAGAUUAUGGACAUAAUUUCUACUGAUGGGGACUACAGUGAUUGAUCGGCGUUGUUCUAGUGGGUUUUCUGUUUUCUUUCUAUGAGUGUGCUCUGUUUUCGACUGGCCUUUAACUAGCUUCCUAGGAUAAGGUGUUUUUCCUAGGAAGUGUAUGAUUGUGUUACUUUUGUUGUUCUAGUAAUCAGCUUUUCAAUGUCAGUUUUAAAGGUUGUUUCGUGUGUGCAAA